UUAAUUCGCUUCCGCUUGAGCGGGUACUACAAACAAGGCUGUGGGUGUUUAAGAGUGCCCAGAUUUUGGAUUGUGUUUUUGUUUCUGGGGUAAUUUAGCGCGAGGCGAAACUAUUCUGCUGUUAAAGAAAAUGUGGCGGAGCCUUUAGUGCAGCCUGAGUCUCUCAGUUCCUCUGAAGACAAAAUUCUUUUCGUCCCCGACGAAAGUCUGUCUAUCUUUCAAGCAGGUUAAUCAAUUGUCAAAAUGGGGACACCUAUACUGAACAAACCUAAAUCAUCAUCCUCCACUCCAGAGGAUUGUGAGAAUUCUGUUCAAAGCAACAGGUUAGGGAAACAGUUAAUGAGUGCAACCCUUCGAGAACGGUUGAAGAAAACAAGAAGAUCCUUUGAUUCAAAUUUUAUUGUCGCCAAACAACUUAAAAUAGAUGAUGAAAACAAUAGUAAUUGGAAGGAGAAAGCUUUAUCUAAGGAAGAACCAUGUUUUGUUUCACAUGCUGAGGAUAAGUGCUUGAAAAAAGUUCCUGAUGAAAUUAUGUGUUCGGAGAGUUCUGCAGAAAACAGAUCACUAUCUGAAUACAAUGAAUAUAUUAAAGCUACGCACACUUCUUCAGAAAUUAAUUUGUUGGGCACAAACUGUAAACAAUGGGAGCUGUUGGAGGAAAAGAUGACAAUAAUGAAACAGCUUCAGGAAAAAGAGGACAUUCUUCGAAGACUUAAAUUGGUCAAACUAUAUAGAACAAAGAAUAACCCAGAAGAGUUACAGUUUCUGAUAUCAAAAUGGAGAAAGAGUUCCCAAGCAAUUCUAUAUGAGCUGCAAUCAGCCUUACCUACUGAUAACAAGAAAUUAAGUCUGACUCAACUGAUUGACAGUUUUGGAUUAGAUGACAAACUCUUACAUUAUAUCCGAACAAAUGAAGAUUUCACAGAUCCAUAAAAUGAGUGUUUUAUUUCACUCUUAAAAAUAUAUCAAAAGAUGACUAUUUUCAAGAAUUGAAUCUAAGUUCUGAACUGUAUGAAUCGAUUAUUAUAAGAACCUGCUACCUCUUUCUGUUUCUUUUUUAGUCCAACCUCUAUAUUUAAAUUCUGGACAUCUAUCCCUCCUUAUUUAAUACAUUAAACUCCAAAACUCUGCUAUUAUGUCCCUUCUCAUUUGUUCUUAACUCAGCCUCUUUUCAAACUGCAAUCUUUCAGCCAAUUUCUUUUGCCAAGUUGCUUUAGGAUACUUCUCCGUAUGCAAGGAUAUAUUUGUUCCUUUAUGAGUUUUUUUAAAUUCCAUUGCAUGUCUUUUGGUUUUGUAAAAGUGGAAUGUCUAAAUAUACCAGUUUUAGUAUGACAACAUUAAUCUGUUACAAUACAAACUGGUACAUUUAUUUAAAAGCAUUGUGAAUAUAAAUAUGUUGAAGU